AUGCCAGCACCAACUCUUGCAAAUUCAAGUGCUCAUGCCGAAGAACGUGACGAUGACAAUGACUCGACGUUUUCCGGUAGGGCUUCGUCUUUCUCAACCCUGUCUUCCGAAGCAUUGAACUACGAGUGGAAGUAUGGGCGGUCGUACCAUGGCUAUCGAGCUGGGAGGUACUGGUUUCCAAACGAUGAAACCGAGCAACAUCGACUCGAUUUGGUCCACAACGCCUUCCUCAACGCUUUGGAUGGGCGACUUAUUCUUGCACCAAUCAAUCCUCAUGGCGUUCGCAUCCUCGACGUUGGGACUGGUACAGGGAUAUGGGCUAUCCACGUUGCGGACGAACACCCAGGGGCAGAAGUCCGAGGAAGUGAUCUCAGCCCAAUCCAACCAGAUAUGGUUCCCCCCAAUGUUGAAUUUUUCGUCGAUGAUGUGGAACAGGAAUGGCUAGGCCAACCCUACGGUUUUAUACACUGUCGAAAUUUGGCUGGAGCCAUCGAAGACUGGCCACAGCUUGUAGGCCAGAUAUACGAUAACCUCAUCCCGGGUGGCUGGAUUGAGCUCCAAGGAUUUGUCAACGUGGCGUACUCAGAACGCGGAGAACUUCCAUCCGAUGACCCACUGGUGCGGUUAAUGGCAGGGCUCAAAGAAGCGGGCGAUUUCAACCGCAGGGAGAUGAACCCUGUGCCGCUGUUUAAAGAUUGGGUGGAAGCGGCUGGUUUCAUGAGAGUCAAAGAAGAGAGAGUCAAAAUCCCUAUCGGGUUGUGGCCGAAGAACGAAAACCUCCGAACCGCAGGUGGAUUCAUGGCGGCAAGUUACCGCCUGGGGAUCGGAGGAAUCACGGCUGUUCCCUUCAGAGAUAACUUGGGUUGGUCUGCGGCAGAGGUUGAGGUCUUCAAUGUGGAGGUGCGUGCGGCAGUUUAUCGGACAGACGCUCGGUACUACUUCGAGUUCAUAUCUGUUAUCGGGCAGAAGCCUAACUGA